AUGAUUACGCCAGAACAGGUAAAUGAAUUUCGGGUACGAAAUUACAUCAAGGAUCGCAUGCAAAAAUACCGGAACAAGAGAAAGGAGGAACGCCAGAGGUUAUUAGAGGAGAGAAAGGCUAGGUGGAUAGAGAGACAAAAACGGCUGGGAGUCUACGUUGAACCUUCAGAAAGUGCAAGUACCUGUUCCGGAAGUAGCAUGUCGGGACUGACUGAGGAGGAGAGGCAGAUCAAACGAGAGACCAGGCGAAAAUUGCAUAAGCUCAUACCCUUAAAUACUGUUGUCGACGAACUGAAGAAAAAUUUGGAACUAGAAACGCACAUGCGCGGUGAUUUUUUGGAGACGAUACGAAUUAUACGAGGGAUAAAAAAGGAGGAUUUUUAUAGACAAGACACGCCUGAAAUAUACGAAGAAGAAGAGGAGGAAAAGGAGGAGGAGGACAAUGCAGAGAAGGAAGAGGAGGAACCACCUGUAGAGGAGGAGACUGUCAACGAGGAUGCUGAAACGCCAAGGAAGAAAACGAAUUAUAAAGAUACAAAGCCUCGAACGAGCAGUCGCUGGCCUAAAGGUCAUCGUCAUCAUACUAAGGCCGUGAAGUCGGACUGGUCCUUCCUCACCCAUUACUCGGACGCCGAGCUGACUGUGGAACUUGCCUACCUCCUCCCUGUGUAUAUGCGGGACGUCGAACGCUUUCGAAAGGCACGUGGGCAAAGGUGGACAUCAACAACCCCCUUUAAAACAAAACGGAUCCAAAGAAACCUAGAAUUUGAAAGUUGGAGAGAAGAAAUGAUGAGAAUUGCAUACGAUGAAGAAUUUGGCAGGGGGAAACCAAAAAUGUUUACAGCUGUGCCAUUACCAAAAAUUAAAGAAACAGCAAGUGUCGUGAAUACUUCCAGAUCCUCGCGUGUUACUCUUUUUGAUGCGACGGAAGGUGCUGAACUAGAUGACAACUGGAGUCCUCGAGGACCCAAUGCCAGUAGCCUUACAGGUCCUAAUACAUCACCUUAUCAGUAUAAUCCAAGACAGAAUUCAGUUCGACAGCAGGAACAAACGAAAAAGAUGUCUCGGAAUCGAAACAGCAUGUACAUCAAUCAACAUAAAAGCGUGUCGAAAAUUUACAGACCAGUUGGACGGAGAGUUUUAGUCAACAACACCAACAAAAUUGUCAAAACCACAGAUGGCAACACUCACAAACAACCCGGAAAUAGUUCAACAAGAAAGACCAAUGGAGUAGGUACAAAUACCAAGAGAAAGAGAAAUAAGUCAAAGGACAAUGAUUUAGGGUCAACGAGCGGACACAGUAGUCUGGGCGAUAACAGUGUAGGCAGCACCGUAUCGACGUCUGACCACAUCUCACAAAACAGUGAUCAGACAGAAGUCACUACCAUAACAGUUCACUUCAAUACUGACCACUCGGACACCCAGAAGUCAGGCCAGGUCAGAACAAGACUGAUCAAAAUCCCAAGCGGUGGUACGGAUCUAAACGAUCGAAAAUUCGUUUUACGUAUCAAUAGUCCAUUAAAUCGGGAUGGGAAGGUGACCAAGUUAUUCGACGACAUUCAGCAAUUCCGGGGUAAGCACCCGGAUGUUGAUCAAAUCAAGAUACAGCUCCGCAGUGACGAUGUAGAAGACAUUAAGUGGGUGUGUCAAUAUGUCGAGAAUCAGUCUCAGAGCAAAUACAAAGCCGAAGUAUAACAAUCACCAGUGAUACAAAGUCAGGAUAUAACAAUCACCAGUGAUACAAAGUCAGGAUAUAACAAUCACCAGUGAUACA